CAUCCAGGAACACACCCAAAACCACAAAUUAAGCCUUUUAUCUUUCUCUCUCUCUAACACACACAGCCACUCUUUCUCAUACACACCAGCAUAUACUUAAAAGACCAGCCAUGGUGAUUAAGCUAGAGAAAGCUCUAUCAACAGCCAUGAAUGCUAGAAUCAUAGGCUCAGGGAAAGAAACUGUGGUUCUAGCUCAUGGGUAUGGUGGAGACCAGUCUCUUUGGGACAAGGUUCUUCCUUUUCUCACUCAAAGUUACCAAAUUGUUGUUUUCGACUGGUGCUUCUCCGGUGCGAUUAAAGAACAAAACACCCUCUUUGAUCCAGCCAAACAUAGCUGCUAUGAUGCUUUUGCUGAUGAUCUAACUGAUCUUCUAGAAGAGUUAAACUUAGAGUCGACGGUGUUUGUUGGCCACUCUAUGUCUGGCAUGAUCGGAUGCAUUGCUUCCAUCAAAAAGCCCCAUCUCUUCAAAAAGCUUAUACUAGUUUCACCAUCCCCAAGGUACCUAAAUUCUGAUUUCUAUGAAGGAGGAUUUGAUUUGAAAGACAUUGAGCAGUUAUUCUCAAACAUACAGUCAAAUUACGAAGGAUGGGCAUCCUUCUUUCCUUCCCUUGUUAUCGAUAAAAAUGACUAUGAAUCAUUAGAAUUAUUCGAACAAUGCUUGAAAAAAAUGAAACCCGAGAUCGGACUGUUUAUAGCUAAAACUGUAUUUUUAUCAGACCAUCGUGAUAUCCUUGAAAAGGUUGUGAUCCCAUGCACGAUUGUCCAAACAACAAACGAUAUGGUAGUACCAAUUUCAGUUGUAGAGUAUAUGAAGAAAACGAUCAAGGGAGAAUUAACAGUUGAGAUGAUUGAUACUAUUGGACAUUUUCCUCACCUCACGGCUCCUCAUCAGUUUCUUGAAAUAUUUGAACGAGUCAUGAAUAUUUGAUUCACGAAACGUUUGAUCGAUAAAGUGACUACUUAUGUGUUUGGAAUAAGAUUGUUUAAGGAUAGAAGUCUUUUAAAGUUGAUCCAACUUUUACCUAUAAAGUUAGACAAAUUUAACCUUUGAAUUAAAAUGAAAGAUUAAGAUUUAAACAUUAAAUUUAAUCUUGAUCAAUAAUUUUAAUUUAAUGGUUAAAGUUGAUUCGAACUAUAUGUAUAAAAUUUGAUCUAACUUUAAAAGAUUUACUUUACAAAACUUUGUCUUUCUUCUUUGGGAUUUUGCUUUUUCUAUUUUAGGGCAUUGGCCUUUUGAAAUAGUUUGCAAUUAAUGUGUUUCGCUGGUAGUUGGCUUGUGAGUGGAUAUGUUAAGAUGUUCAUGUGGCCUAGCUUAUUGUUUGAAAUAUUAUGCAAUUAGUAUUUUACAA